AGGAAGAGCAAACACGACGUUACACUCUUAAAAAAAAACAAGGGGCCGUCACAUCAACUGAUAUAAAUAGACCAAGUUUGCACAUCAUCAACCUACUCUUGUUGUUUACAACAAAAAAAGCAUCCUUCUCCAACAGCAAUCCGUAAUUUCCAGCUCCCCCGCCUGGAUCGGAUCUAUCUUUUGCCACCACCACCUUUCGCCUUUAAUUUCAUCUGACGCCACCUCCCACCUGGUUUUUUUUCUGCCUUUCCAUCAUCCCCAGUAAAAAAUUUCACGGAAUCCAAAACCCCCCCCCUCAAAAAAUUAAAUCUUUAUUUUUUAUUUUUCCUUCUUUUCUUCUGAAAAACAGAGAAAAAGAAGAACAAAUAAUAAAGAUUUAAUCUUUUUUUUUUCCUUCUAUUUAUUGGAGUUUUAAUUUUCUCACGAUGAACAAGGACAGCAAGGAUUGGUAGAACUCGAUUUGUCUGCAGCUGGGUUUGCGUUAAUGGGCAACGUUACGGCGGGCGUGGCGGCCAAGUUUGCGUUUUUCCCGCCGGACCCGCCGACGUACGACGUGUCCAAGGACGAGGGCGGGAAGCUGGUGUUCUCCGGCGUGACGGCGGACAAGAGCAUGGAGGUGCAUUUGCUGGACACGAAGGGCGGGAACAAGAUCGUGGCGACGUUUUGGCGGCACCCGUUCGCGCGGUUCACGCUGCUAUACUCGCAUGGGAAUGCGGCGGACUUGGGGCAGAUGCACGAGCUCUUCAUUGAGCUCAGGGCUCACCUGCGUGUCAAUAUUAUGAGUUAUGACUAUUCGGGAUAUGGAGCAUCCACUGGUAAGCCAUCUGAGUUCAACACAUACUAUGACAUAGAAGCCGUGUACAAUUGUUUGAAGAGCGACUAUGAAAUUAGACAGGAGGAUUUGAUAGUGUAUGGCCAAUCUGUUGGAAGCGGACCAACACUGCACUUGGCUUCUCACUUGAAAAAACUCAGAGCCGUUGUUCUUCACAGUGCCAUCCUUUCAGGCAUACGAGUCUUGUAUCCUGUCAAGUUGACGUUUUGGUUCGACAUUUUCAAAAAUAUAGAUAAAAUACGGCAUGUCAGCUGUCCGGUUUUAGUUAUUCAUGGAACGGAGGAUGAAAUUGUUGACUUGUCCCACGGAAAGCGUUUGUGGGAACUAUCCAAGGAAAAAUAUGAUCCAUUAUGGGUGAAGGGUGGAGGCCACUGUAACCUCGAAACAUUUCCCGACUACAUUAAGCACUUACGCAAGUUCAUAAACGCAAUGGAGAAACUCGCGCUCGCAAAACCACAACAGGAGAAGAAACAACUCACUUCUGACGGAAGCAUCACAGAAGUAAAACACAACAAGUGCUUGAGAUUUAGAAAGAAGUAGCUGGUUUUUAUAGUACAUGAUUUGAGAAGUAGAAAAUGGAAACAGAUAGUUCCACUGCACUGUGAGCCCCCCGUCUCCGCGAGCAGCUGUGAUUGCUUACAUGAUGGACUGACUACCCAGUGUUUGGCAGACAAGGUUAGCUAUGCAUUCAGCUCGGUAGUUUUCUUGGUAGGCGAAGGGAUCGAAUUAGGAGUCAUAUGUAGAGUGUUUGAUCCAGAUCAAGUUCAGAAUCAAAUGACGAUUUUUCGAGAUAGGAAAUGAACUUGCAUCUAAAAUUCAAGAAGUUGGUUUGCUUUCCCUUGUAUCUGGAUUUCAUGUACAAUAUUUAUAGAACUGAGCUUUGACUAUCAGCAAUUUUAGAAGAGAAAUUACAUGGGUUGCUAUGCUUUGA